GGACGAAGUGGUCGUUACUCCCAAUCCGAAUCUUCUCAGGGGACAAACGUACGAGUAUGACGAAGACAGGCACUCCGACGAUGACCAGCAUGCGGACGAGGAAGCCCUAUUGUCUCCCGGUUCGGGACACAGUCACCGCUGGCGGGAUACUGGACAGAGAAAGGAACCUGUAGGGAGACUAAUUUUUGGUCUGGUACUUGAGACAGCACCUACCCUACUCUUCACCACCAUCGGUCUCAUGCUCACCGGAGAGUUACUAGACCACGUCUCGCACUGGCAAGCCAUGAGUAAAAUAAACGAGCUCAUCAUGAUCAUCCCCGUCAUCCUCAACCUCAAGGGCAACCUCGAGAUGAACUUAUCCGCACGCCUGGGAACUGCUGCUAACAUGGGCCAACUUGACAAUCCAAAAUCUAGAAACUCCCUUAUACUUGGAAACCUCGCCCUGCUGCAGGUGCAAGCAGCAGUCGUGUCCUUUGUGGCGGCGUGCGUUUCGUUCUUACUGGGCCUUGUGGUCCCGGAUCAGCCCCCCGAAACUGGCGAGGGCACGGGAACGAACUCUACGACAAGUGCUAUACUCGGGAACGCAUCCAGAACUAUUCUGGCGCGAGUUCCUAGACCUACACAUCGUCCAGAGGCACCGAAGUCUGGCUUUGCUGAAUUCGUCAUGGUCUCUUCUACCGCCAUGUCUGCCGCAUGUAUAUCCGCCCUCGUGUUGGGCUCCUUCAUGUGUGGCCUCAUCGUCGUUUGCAGAAAAUUCGGUCGCGAUCCUGACAACAUCGCACCGCCAAUAGCAUCUUGUCUCGGCGACCUGGUCACCCUUACGCUCCUCGGCAUAAGCUCAACUCUACUCCUACCAUUAUUCUCCUCGCCUCCAAUCCUCUUGAUCAUUCUUAUUGUCCUUAUCGUCGUGGUAUCCAUCGGAGUUUGCGGUAACAUCGCCCGCCAGAAUCCAGAUGUCAAACACUUGAUCUGGCAGGGAUGGAGUCCGCUCUUUGGUGCGAUGGUGAUCAGCAGUGGGACGGGGAUCGUAUUGGACAUAUUUGUGAGCCGAUUCGAGGACUUCGCAUUGCUGGCGGUUGCCAUCAGUGGUCUUCCCGGCAGCGUCGGCUCCAUUCUCAUCUCCCGGCUCUCGACCGCUCUACACGCCGCCUCUUCCACUCCACACGAUCCCUCGGCCAGCACCACAUUUCUUCCCCCACAAUCCCACUCGAAUACUCAGACUCCUGCGCUCAACACCCGAACGGUCAUGUUGACACUCUUCCUCGUCACUCUUCCCGUCGAAGUCAUCCUUCUGUCGAUCCUCAAGGGAUUAGGAUGGCUAACGCUAGGAUUCGGUAUGAUUUCCGCUGCUGGGCUAGGAUUUUGCCUCGCCGUCUCCGUCUCAUUAUUCGUCGCCCGCGCGCUCACACACCUCCUGUGGAACCGAAACCUCGAUCCAGACAUGUAUGCCAUGCCUAUCCAUUCGGCUGGUAUGGAUCUCGUGGGGCAGUUGACGCUCGUUGUAUGUUUCGUGAUCGUGGCAGCGAUCGGGGGGAAGGUUGCGAUUGAGGAUGCGAGUGGCGGCGGUGGAGGUGGAGGUGGAUGAGGUGACGAGAAGGCUGGGGAUGAUGCUUGUUUCUUUGAGUGAUUGAUUAGAUUAUUAUUGUAGAUUGGAAGGGAGGCAUGGAGCUGUAAGCUGGGGUUUGUACAGCAAUGCGAUUCGAUUGAGGCUC